GGAGUUGAAAAAUUGUGAAAACAACAAAAACCUGUUUUUUCUUUUCAGUAAAAUUUUUUGAAAUUAUUUUCCGAAUUUUCAUGGUCAAAUAUCACAAUUUCUAACUCCAAAAAAAAUUUUGAAAAAUAGGGAAAAAUUUUCAUGGCCAAACGGGCCCUAAGUCUUAAUUUAUUUAUUUUUAAUUUUGUAAUUUUGUCACAAAAAAGAAAAAAUAAACUGCAGAAACAAAAAGGUACUUCAACUGAAUGUUGUAAUCUGCCGCUGCGAGUCCUCGCGUGAAAAUCCGAAUUUCCAUGCUCAGCGGCUCAAUAGAGAAUGUGGCGGCUGUAUGAAGGAUGGAACGAGAUUUUGAAGAUCCAAAAGUUCCGAAGAAUUGUGUCCUAUACUGGAUUCUAUUGCUUUGUUGCAGUAAUCACAUAUGCGUACACCAACAACACGACUAGAGCUGGGUACUCAAGAGCUGACCAGUUCUAUGGUUCUUAUCCGGCUGGAACAGAGCUCCUUACGGACACCGCUAAGUUAUAUAAAGCAGCUCUGGGGAAUGUUUUUGAAGAAGAUGAAUGGGGACCGGUUGAAUGGUGCAUCCUAGCUAAACAUUUUGAACGUCAAGGAAAAUCACCAUAUGCAUAUCAUGCCCAAUACAUGGCGCACCUCGCUUCUAAUGGACAGCUAGAUGGAAGUGGCUAGGGGAAGGAUAGUAGCAGCAAACUUCUCCAUUGCUGAAGAGUGGACAGCUCUCAUAUACUUGAGCAGGUUUGAAACAAAGCAAGAAGUUAAUUUAUGUAGAUGUACACUUACUAAUAGAAUCAUUGAACUUACAAUUUCUUGUGUCCUAACAUGUAUUGGCUUUAUGAAACCCAUUUUCUACUACAAA